AUGGACGCACCGGAAGUGAGCCUUCGCAAGUUGACCAACGUAACGGUUCGCCCUCCAACAGCCAGUCAGGACAUUCAGCAAGAGAUCGAUCGUAUCAUCGACGCCGGAACGCGAGAACACCCACUACACGUGCUUGACCUAGACGAUGUGGUGCGUAAACACGUGACCUGGCUGCGUAGCAUGCCACGCGUAACGCCAUUCUACGCCGUCAAGUGCAACGACGACCCAGCCAUCUUGGCUACGCUGGCGACCCUCGGUACUGGGUUUGAUUGUGCCUCGGAAGCGGAAAUGCGUGCAAUUCUCGCACUCGGUGUUGCACCGGAACGCAUUAUAUUCGCGCAUCCGAUCAAAUCGGUUGAAGCGUUAGCGUUUGCGCAAACGCACGGAAUCCAGCGCAUGACGUUCGACAAUGAGUGCGAGCUGGAGAAGGUUCAUCGCGUGUUUCCGGAGGCACAGCUCAUCCUGCGCAUUCGCCACGAUUCCGACCGGGUGUUGAUAGCUCUCGGGAAGAAGUUUGGUUGUGACGCACGUGGUGAUGGACGUCGGUUGUUGGCUAAGGCUCAUCAACUCGGAAUGACCGUGAUUGGCGUGAGUUUCCACGUAGGCUGUGGAAGUCUGGAUGCGAGCUGCUUCUACCAUGCGAUCGAGUCCGCACGAGGAGUGUUUGAUUACGCCCGUACCGAGUUAGGAAUGGAACUGCGAUUGCUAGACGUCGGAGGAGGUUUUCCUGGGGACAGUGACAAACCACUGGACGAGUACGCGCAAGCCGUCCAACGAGGCUUGCGUGAGUUCUUCCCAACAGACACAGUGGACGUGGUAGCUGAACCAGGUCGAUUUUACGUCGGAUCAGCAGUGACGCUGCUUUCAACCGUACAAGGCAAGAAGGUGCUACGUGACGAGACCGACCAAAUCGAGCAGGUGAUGUACUACAUCAACGACGGUGUGUUCGGGACACUGUUUGAUUGGCUAAGCUUGCGCGAGAUCAAGGAUCUACACUGUGCGAUGCCGAUGGUGAGACGCGAACGACAACAUGAACCGACCUACCGGACCACCAUCUGGGGACCUACUUGUGACUCAACGGACAUCGUGUGCGAGAACGUGGACUUUCCCGAGCAUCACAUUGGCGACUACAUCGUGUUUGAGAAUCUAGGCGCGUACAGCAUGACCUUCGCAACCAACUUUAACGGGUUUCCGAAGCCAACGGUGCAGGUAUACGUGCGAGAGGACACAUGGAAAACGCUCGACACGAUCUCGGGCACGGACUGGAAGCGAAAAACACUCACGUUUCUCGAGAACGCCCUAGGAAACGCUCGCUAGCAGCGAACCGGACCACCUUUCUUGACUUUCCA